UGAAUCACUUUUAUAAUGGGUAAAACACAAUAAUGAACUGAACUGCGCGGAAUUGGUGAAUAUAUACAUAACACGUUAAUUCCUGACAAAAUUAUCAUAUAAAAACAGAGGACAAAAAUACAUUUCAUCAAUUUCAGAUAAGUGCUAUCUCUAGAAUUAUGUUGUGGUCUCUGUAGAAGAAUAUUCGGAAUUUCCAUUGCCCGUUAGCCAUUUAAUAUAAAUAUAUGAGGUUGUUAACAAGAAUUAUUGAUUUCGCCAUUAAUUAGUCAGUCGAUCACAUGGUGCCCGCUAUUUAACCUUACUCUUGCGCAAUUUUUGAAAUAAAGUGAACCUUACUUUUCAAGUUGAGAAUGCCGAUUUCUGGUCAGAUAAAAUCAUCAAUAAAUAGUGAGAUAAAUACUGACAAUUAUGAUCCAUGCUCUGAUCUAUUUGAUAAUAACCUGAAAAGUGCCGAAUACGGUGUUUUAAUUUUAAAUUCUCCGACAAAAUUAACUAACGACAACCUAUGGAAUAUAUGGAAUCACGGAAAAAUACGAGUACUAGUGGAUGGUGGUUCAGAAUCUUGGGUAUUUAGCAGAAAAGAUAAAGAGUUAGCACUACCUCAUCUGGUAACAGGUGAUUUUGAUUCAAUAUCACCGGAAACAUUGCAAGCUUUCAAGCAGAAUGAAGAAAUAAAAGUCGUAAACACACCUGACCAAAAUUACACUGAUUUCACCAAAGCAUUGAAGGAACUCAACAAUUACAAAAUGAAAAAUGAGAUUAGGUUGGAGAAUAUUUAUGUUAUGACGGAGAUGAUAGAAGGAAGAAUCGAUCAAGUUAUGGCAAAUAUCAACACUUUAUUCAUGGCACAAAAAUUGUUUCCUGGUAUGAGGAUAUUCAGGUUAUCUUCUGACUCCAUAUCUUGGUUACUCACACCAGGAACCUAUUCAAUAAGUAUACCAGAAAUACUUAGAGUUAAUCAGGACUGGUGUAGUCUUGUACCGGUUGGAGCACCUGCAGUUUUAACAACUUCUGGACUUAAAUGGAAUCUCAAUAACCACAAGUGCUUUUUUGGUGAAAUGGUGAGCACUUCUAAUACAUACGAUGGAUCUCCAAAAGUUAAAAUCCAGACAGAUUCACCAAUAUUAUGGUCUAUGUGCACAAUCGGAUUGAAAUGUAGGGUAGAGUGAAUAGAAGCCAGAAAGUUAUGUUCCUUAUUUUUCAAGUAUAUUUUUACAAGUAGGUACUUAUGUUUUUUACCCAUUUUUUUGAUUGUUGACUCUUUAGUAGUUGUUAAUUAUGUAUAGGGAAUAAACAGUAUUACUUGGUUGAAUAUAUUGUUUUUGAUUAA